AUGGCAAGUUCCAAUAUAGUUAAGUGCUCUACGCGCAUUGAUAAAAAAGACUGCGAUUUUACGUGGUCAAUAGAAAAUUUCACAUUCAUCCUAGAAAAGAAUAAAGGUAUAAUAAUAUCGCCCAAGUUCUAUGCAGGUAGUGACACGGAAAAAGGAUUUUAUUUGUCCAUAGAUAAAUACCGGUAUUCUCCUUGUGGUAAACCUAGUGCGAUCGAUUUUAUGCAAAUACGUCUGGAAUUGGUCAACGAACCUACGAUCAAAGAUUACGAGUUCGAAGUAUCAAUAAUCAAAGAUGGAAAAAUUAUUGAAACCCAUACAAAUAGUUGCAAAUCUUGUAUUUCGAAGCCCAACCGAAAAGUGAUUUUGGACGAUUUUCCAGAAAAGAUUACGAAAUUCAUUUCGUCUACGGGUGCUUUAACCAUUCGCUGUAAAGUAACUGUCUCAAACGGAAGUAUAACAAACUUUUUUGACUAUGGACCCGUUGAUGGGAGUAAAGUACCAAAACUGAAGUUCGAUUCGGUACUUCUUGAUGAAAAAUUUAGUGAUGUGAAAUUACGAACAGCGUGUGGGAAAGAAAUCCCUGCGCACAAGGUCGUGCUCGCCACUGCUAGUCCAGUAUUCAAUGCUAUGUUCAGUCAUGAUAUGUUGGAAAACAAAACUCAAUCAGUUGAUAUGGUGGAUAUUACUUACGAAGCAGCCGUUCAAAUGCUACGAUACAUCUACACUGGUACUCUUGCUAAUCACCAAACUUCCUUGAUUCUUAACCUUUUGUCGGUCGCUGACAAGUAUCAACUUGAAGACUUGAAAAAUAAGUGCGAGCAUGUAAUAGGCACAAAUUUAUCUACUGAAAAUGUUUUAGAAAUUCUUAAAGUUGCUGAUGAUCACGGGGCUAAACAUUUAAAAGAAAAAGCGAUCAAAUUUGUUAAGAGUAAUGUAAACGGACCUUUAGAAUCUAAUAAUGUUGGCGAUUUUAUUCUCAGUAUGGCACAGUUUCUUCACAAAUAA